AACAUUCAUCCAAUUCAAGACAAUGACUGUUGUGUGAGGAGACAGAAGACAGAACUGCUGAAAGAUGGCGAAAUGUAAAACCAACUGCAUUGAAAGGCCAAUUUCUCUGGGUUUUAAAAAGUUUGGCCGUGUUGUUGGUAGACAUCCAGUCGUGUUGCUCAUAUUAUCUUUAUUUGUAGCUGCUGGUCUUGGAGCUGGUUUUAUCUUUCUUAAAGAUAGGGAGGCAAAUGAUAUUGAAGAUCAGUUCACACCUGUAAAUGGACCGGCUAAACAGGAGAGGAAGAUUGUAGAGGAAUUUUUUCCACAAACUGAAGAAUUUUCUCAUCUGCGGCUUUCUUCUGAAGGAUCGUAUGCAUCUUUGAUCAUUACAGGUUUGGAGAGAGAAAACAUCUGGACUGAGGCUGUUUUUACCGACAUUAUUGAGCUAGAUAGACAAGUGAAAAAUAUAACAGCAGGUGACACUUUUGUAAAUAUUUGUGCCAAAACGAAAGGAAAUUGCGUGUCGAAUGCAAUUUUGGACUUCAUAAAUUACAAUCCUGGAGAAAUUAAUUUUACAACCAUUAGAUAUCCUGUGAAUAAUGGAACAUUUUUAGGAACAACUGUUGGUGGUGUAGAGCUAAAGACAGGAAGCUCAGAGAUAAGCAGCGCUAAAGCAAUCAGACUUUUUUAUUUUCUACAAGAAAAAAACUCAACAAAAAACACUCAGUGGCUUGAUGGUUUCCUAAAAAUGUUCUCAAACUAUUCAGACCUGAAAACUGUGCAUGUCUCUUACUUCACAUCGAUAUCCAGACAGAAUGAGUUUGAGACCAAUUCAGACUCUGUGAUUCCCCUCUUCUCUAUUACUUAUUUCCUGGCCAUUACCAUUUCAAUUCUUUCUUGUCUGAGGUUAGAUUGUGUUCGUAACAAGGUUUGGGUUGCUGUUGCUGGUGUCAUCUCUGCUGGUUUGGCUGUUUUAUCCAGUUUUGGAUUUCUGCUCUACUGUGGGAUGCCUUUUGCUGUAACAGUAGCCACAUCCCCCUUUCUUAUUCUUGGUAUUGGAGUUGAUGAUAUGUUCAUUAUGAUCUCCUGCUGGCAGAAGACUGGAGUUGAUAUUGAAGUUGAAGAUCGUUUAGCAGAAACAUAUAAAGAAGCUGCUGUGUCCAUCACUAUCACCACACUGACAGAUGUGCUCUCUUUCUACAUCGGUCUCUUAACUCCCUUUCGCUCUGUUCAGUCUUUCUGUAUGUACACAAGUACGGCUCUUCUCUUCUGUUACAUCUUUAACAUCACAUUUUUUGGUGCUUGUCUUGCAUUGAAUGGAAGAAGAGAGAAGGGCAAUAAACAUUGGUUGACCUGCAUGGAGGUCCCAAAACCCAAUGAUGAUGAUACUGGUAAUGUUUGUUGUGUUGGUGGAGCUUAUGAUAAAGACACUGGCACUGAUUCGGCAAUGCCAAUGGAUUUAUUCUUUAAAAAUCACUACAGCCCGUUUCUGACAAAGACCUGGGUUAAGAUCUUGGUGUGUUUGUUUUAUUCUGGCUAUCUGGCAGUCAGCAUCUAUGGAUGUUUCCAACUACAGGAAGGACUUGAUCUGAAACAUUUAGCAACAGAUGGCUCAUAUGUUGGUUAUUAUUAUGAUGAUGAAGAUGAUUUCUUUUCUUCUUAUGGACCCAAUGUCAUGUUAGUUAUAACAGAUGAAAACUUUCAGUACUGGAAUUCAGAUGCGCGUCAGAACCUCGACUCAUGUUUGGAAAUUUUUGGCAAUCUGUCAAUGGUGUCUAAAGAUGAAGAAGUUUCACGAAUUUCUUGGCUUCAUGAAUAUAUGAAAUAUGGACAGAUUCUUGGUGUAAAUUUAAACAAUGAAACACAAUUCAAACAACGUUUAACUGCGUUUCUCAGUGUUUCUGGUUUUAGUCAAGAUGUUAACUUCACUAACAAUAACAUUUUAGCAUCUCGUAUGUUCAUUCAAACUGGUAACAUCAGGACAGCAGUCGAUGAGAAGAACAUGCUGAAUGCAUUUAGAGAAACAGCAGAUAAAUGUGUAAAGUUACAGACAUCCAUGAAUCUAACCGUCUAUCAUCCUGCAUUUAUCUAUUUCGAUCAAUACACUGAGAUAGUCAGUAAUACCAUUCAAAAUCUAGUAGUAGCUACAUGUGCAAUGUUAGUUAUUUCACUCCUACUAAUCCCAAAUCCUCUCUGUUCAGUCUGGGUAACAUUUGCUAUUGGAUCUGUCAUUGUAGGUGUGACUGGUUUUAUGGCAUUAUGGGAUGUUAGUUUAGACUCAGUAUCUAUGAUUAAUCUGGUUAUCUGUAUUGGAUUUUCUGUGGACUUCUCGGCUCACAUAUCUUAUGCUUUUGUGUCCAGUGAGGAACGGUCAGUGAAUGAUAAAGCCAUAGAUGCCCUCUAUAAACUGGGAUAUCCCAUAAUACAAGGUGCAGUGUCCACUAUUGCAGGUGUAGUGGUGCUCGCUGCUGCAAAAAGCUACAUCUUCAGGACCUUCUUUAAAAUCAUGUUUUUAGUCAUAACGUUUGGAGCUGUUCAUGGCAUUAUGAUCAUACCUGUGUUCCUCACUUUCUUUGGGAUUUGUGGCAAGAUGUCUCGUACCAAACCUGAAACAAAAAUAGCAUUUGAUGGCUGUGACAGAGAGAUUCAACAAGUAUCAACAGGAAUGAGCCAAAAACUACCACAGACAAAUCUGGGAUUUAUUGAUUCAGAUUUAAAUCAAACCUAAUGUUUAAUUGUAAAACAUUUUCAUGUUAUUUUUUUAAAAUAUGUAUUAUGGAGCGGUUUCCUGAACAGGGAUUAGACUAGUCCUAGACUAAAAUAAAUGUAAGAGCUGUUCAAACGGAAAACAACUUCCACUGAUAUAUCUUAAAAUACAUCAGUGCCCUUCGUUUUGCCUCAAAAUGCACACAAGUAAUGUUUUUAGUAAGGCAUGUUUGUAAAAAACUAGUUAUAUUUCCUAAUUAAACUAAGGCCUAGUCCUGGUUUAAGAUAAUCCCUGUCCGGGAAACCAUCCCUAAAGCCCGGAAUACACUGCAGGAUUUUUCCACUCCUAUAAGUGACUCCUAUCACACUGCGACAUGGAUUGUUUAAACUUGGGUACGACAAGCAUGUAGACUGUACGAUGAUGAUGAUGACACGGAGGCUUUGACGGCUGUGUCACGCGUUAGCGGAACGUCACCAGCAUCCACUAGUGGUAAACAAAUACCAAUAUGCAGGUCGUAGCAGCAAACACACUGUGCGUUGAUCAUGCUGAAUUUCUGACACUGUCUGAAAACUAUCGUAGGCUAUCUUUGGACGCAAGACCGGGAAAACAGCCGUCUUUGAACCUUUCUCACUGUACGACAUAGGACCACUGAUGAAGAGCCACACAUCAUAGUUUCACGAUGGCAAUCUUUCAUCUGGGACAGCCAAAAAUAGUGCAGUGUAUCCUGGGCUUUAAAGUAUAUGCAUGUUUAUUAUAAUUUAUUUACAAAGAAGUAAUACAUUUGCUUAUAAACCUGAUCUAUAAUAUAUUGAUUUUGUGUUAAUACAUUGUCUAUUUCCCUAUGUACUCUUUUCAUGAUUUAACAAACAGUAUAAUGUAUACUGAAAUUACCCCUUUUUAGCUUUAAAUAAUGUAUGUGUAAUAUGAUAUUUUGGUGAUUUUAUCUGUAAUAAUAUUAAUUAUUAAUUUUAGUAUUUUCUGAAGUUGUAAUCUGUUGUAAGCUAUGUCAGUUUAGCAAAUAUCUUAACUAAAACAUAUUGUGCAAUAAAUUGUGUAAAUCUACUAAAUUGUACUAUCUGCAUGGUGGAUAUAUUUGGUAUAUUCGGGCUUUGAAACAAUAUAUUUUUCCUAGCCAAAAUAUAAAAGUUUGUAUAAAAGGUAUAAAGUAUAAAAUGUUUAAGUAUAUUUGUGCAGUUGAAAAUAUAUUUAAUCUUAAAACUUAUUUUCACAGGUUUGUAACAUUUGUAACAACAGUUUUCCAAUGCGACAUGGAACAUCUCAUAGAACACCAAUGCGACAUCUGGGGCAUUUUGAGUUAUUCACAGAUUCUGAAAGUGCAGUUUCUAAGCUUUCCAACGAUGUGUAAUCUGAUACGAUUUGGAGAAGUUAUGACCAUUUGAAUAUAACAAAUUCAAGAAAGAGAAUGCCGAGAAAAUUGAGAAAGAACAGUUAGCACUUUUCCCUGGCUGGAGAGACAAUAGGGCUCAUUUACAUCUCAUUUAGCUAAGCCAUACCCCCUGUAAAGCCGUUUUGAGAUACAGAUGUUCUAGCAUCAUAUGUAGUAUUUUGUGACAGAAGUCCGGAUGAAAAAAUAAAUAGAACUUUUUACCUUUGUGGGGAUCACAAGUCAAAUCCAGUCUGUUUCAGAUGUGUGAAUCAUCCAAUGACAAUUUUUGUCCACACAUGCGUAUAAUCGGUGAAA